AUGAUGCUAUUUGGCAAACAGAACAGCUGGAGUCUUGACUUCCACACCGUCCUUCUUUUCUUCACGCUUCUUCUCAAUGUUGCUGCGCAAGCACCUGUCCUGGGUGUUACCAUCGACAAAUCAGCCAGAGACGACGCGCAGCGCAUCAUAUACUCCACCAAGCUCACCUUCAACGAGGACACUGGUACUCUUUUCAGCGAUGCCCAGAUCUACGGCCUCGCCCGCCUGGGCUUCGAGGAGAUGAGGACCAAGUACGCGGCCGACGAGGUGCGCGACUUUGAGCAGCCCGUCAUGAUGGCGGCCAUGGCCGUCGGCAAGUCCGUGUACAUCUCCUCCAACAUCAAGGGCGGGCCGUACUUCUACGCCUACACGGACACACACCUGAAGCCCGAGGUCACCCUCGCGCUGGAGAGGUGCACCACCAGCCUGGAGCAGAACCGCGGUGUCCCGGUCUCGGGCCAGCACCGGACCAAGGCCAGCUGUGCCGAAAUUGCUGCGCUGCAUGAGUUCUAUCUGGACCCUGAUGUCUCAGACGCCGACCGCGAGAAACGCCCUGCUACGCGUAUGGCAGCUUUUGGACAGCCCGGCGGUGUGGGCAAGAUGCAGCCCCAAGCAGCCUGCGGCGGCCCCGAGAACGUUGUAGAUGGCUUCAUGACGUGGGGUUGCAAGCAGUUCAUGACCGAGGAGUCGAUCAACGUCCCGAAGAAGCCGUCGAGGACAUCCGCCGACAUGAACCUGCCGAACCCGUUCCCCGAAUUUACGUCCAAGCAAGUCAGCUUUGUCUGCCCCGGCCGCUCCGGUGGGAGGAGGCUGGGUGAAGAUCCUCCAAGUGACACGCCUACCCCACCCACUGAGACGAUCAAUAUCACCCUGGACCCGACGCCGACUUCGACAGUGAUAAUCAACAACAGGUUCUAG